GGGCCCCGGCGGUGGCAGCCGCAGCAACAGGUGGGGAGGAGACCGAGCCCGAUCGCAUCCAACCCGAGCCGAACGGCAUCGGAACCGCCAUGGGAGAGGUUCUGCAGGAGCACGGAGGGGCCGCUCUGCUGCCGGGGAGCUGCCGCAGCCACCGGGGAGUCACCAGCAGCCCCGUCGAGGUGGGGACCUGCAAGAGGACCCUGGCGGCCAGCGUCACCCAGGCUUUUUUUUGCCUCCUGCUCUGCGUCCCCUGGGGCAGCUCCUGUCCCCCCAGCUGCCAGUGCACGGAGCGGGCGGGGGCCAAGGCCGUGGUCUGCAGCUCCCGACACUUGGAGGAGAUCCCCGAGGACAUCCCCCGGGACGCCGUCUUCCUCAAGCUGGACACCAACAGCAUCACCCGGAUCCCCGGCGACGCCUUCAGACACCUCUCCCUCCUGGAGGAGCUCGACCUCUCCAGGAACGCCAUCGAGCAGAUCGAGGCGGCGGCGUUCCGCGGGGUGGCCGCCCGCCUCCGCACCCUCGACCUCUCCGGCAACCGCAUCCGCAGCAUCCCCAAGGAGGCCCUGCUGGCCCUCAACGCCGACCUGCGCCUGGCCAACAACCCCUGGCACUGCGGCUGUGCCCUGCAGGAGGUGCUCUGGGAAGCUCGGCUGGACCCCGCCUCGGUGCGGGACAUCACCUGCCACACGGCCCCGCGGGAGGAGCUGGUGGGCAAGCCGCUGCUUCAGGUCCUGGACGCCGGUGUCGACCUCUGCGGCGCCCGCCGCGGCACCCCGGACGUGGCCGUGUUGGUCACCAUGUUUGGGUGGUUUGCCAUGGUCAUCGGAUACCUCAUCUGCUACGUCCGGCACAACCAGGAGGACGCCUGCAAGCGCAUGGAUUACCUGAGGGCACUGCCAGGCACGCAGGGACACGCAGACACCUCUGGCACCGCUGCCACCACCGCUGCCACCACCACUGCCACCACCGCUGCCACCACCGCCCUGUAG